AUGAAAGCAUCAAGUUCUUUCUCAAAUUCUGUUGAUGGGAGCCCUGAUGGAAAAAAUGAAUCUUCACAUGACAUUGGGAACGACGCAAGAAAAAAACUACUUGAUCGUCUGUCAGAAGAAAUGUUUGAGAGAAAAGUAAAAGAUGUCACCCAUGAGAUCUUGGACGAUGAGAGUAAUCCAGUUGUAAAUCGUACCUUUGAAGCUGUCGGUGAAGAUAGCGGUGCUCUGGAUUUUGUGUACGAUAUGAAUCGGGAACAUCUUCAAAAGUCCUGCAGUUAA